CUUCACCUCUUGCCUGUGCCCUCUCCUCACCUCUUGCCUCUCACCUCUCGCCAGCCUCCUCUCCAUUCACCUCCACCAAACUUUUCUUCUCUUCACCCCUCACCUUCUAACUCACUUUCUCCUUCUCUCUCACCUCCCUCAUCUCCAUCAUCGGACCCAAAGACUAAAAUGAACAUAAGUGCCAUUUUACGUACGCUCUGGAGCCGAGUGGACCAGGACCACUGCCCCAUCGCCAACAUGAUAAAUGUCCACAGGGGCAAUGUCCUAAACAGUAGCCUGUAUGCAUUUCAACGCAAAAACUUUAAUGCAGGGGCUAAGAUGGACGUUGCCUUUGUGGACGUUGAGUCCAAGGCGGAGGGGGCAGUUGACCAAGGGGGUCCCUCCAGGGAGUAUUACAGGCUCCUCAGGGACUCGGCCAUCUUUGAGGGUCCGGAAGGAGCGAAAUGGCUGUCCCUUGAUGUUCAUGCAUCACAUGAGGGCCUGUAUGGAACCAUUGGGAAAAUGAUCAGUGUGUGUGUGGUCCAUGGAGGGGUUGGGCCACACUUCUCUGAGCGACUCUUCGCAGCAGUGUGUGGGAAUCCUGCACCUCCACUCAGUUUGGAGGAGGUGAGCCACACUACUCUGAGAGCACAUUUGGAAAAUAUCAAAAAAGCAGAGGACCUAUCAGAGGUGAAGAACAAAUUGGAGGAAUCGGUAGACUGGCUGAGCCUACUGGGGCUGACAAGGAUUGUUGUCAAGACAAUGGAGGACAGAGAUGGUGUGGUUGAAUUGGUGGCUCAACAAUUUGUCCACGGGAGCAUGCAGGUGGCCUUGGAGCAGUUAAAAUAUGGUCUCAACUCUUUUGGGCCACUUUUUGUGGACUCCAUAAAGCCUCCCACUGCCAGGGAUCUGCGGGACCUGUUUACAGUAACCUAUUCCAUACCUUGCGGCAACCGGCGGUGUUUGGAGAACGACACCAUCUGCCACUGGUUCAACUGGCUGGCUGAGGUGCAAGAAUGUCCUCCUCUAACAGUGGUGAUGGUGUUUGAGUUUGCUACUGGGGCAACGGUGGUGCCACCCCUUGGGUUUGAGGACACCGCGACCAUCGAAUUCCUCCACAAAGCGCGAGGGCGUCUCGCUGGGCAGCAGAAGAAAACGUACCCAGAGGCAAACACGUGUGCUGUGACACUAAGGCUCCCUCUUCAUAGCACCUACAAUACCACAUUUCGGUGUUGGAUAAAAACAUAUUUUUACGAUACAUAAUUGUAUCUAGUAGCACUAACCUACAGUAGCAAUUGAGUGUUUGAAAAUGUAACUGCACAUCAACAUUUAAGCAUUUAUCUACUUACAUCUGUAUUGUUUGUACAGUGUAUUCGGAAUGUAUUCAGACUAGAGGUCGACCGAUUAAUUGGAAUGG